AUGGCUGCCGCCAUCACCAGCUGGGUGCUCAACCCAAUCCAAUCUUUGACAAUGUCUCGACCACGUACUCGCAAGUUAUGGUGCACUUUAUCCCAUGAUCUUCAGCAGUCAUUUCCUAUAGAGUGUGCUGCAGACCAAGAUGAUAUUGACACUCUCAAAAAGAAGAUCUGGGAUCGUUUACCAGCACGCUUUGAAGAUACUCUAACUGACUACAGUGAGCUCAAGCUCUACAGCCCUGUUGUGCAACUCAAUUAUGAAGAGGAGUUUGAUGUGAAAAAUGGUGAAUUCCUACGCUCACGCCGAAUGAUCACGUUCAACCCACUCUUCCCUGAAAGCAAGGAUCCAGAUGUGGAUAUUGUUGUUGUUGUGAGCGGAGAUACCACUACACAGAAACGGAAGCGCUCUGAAUCACAAGGUGCCAUUCUGGAUGAAGUGAACAUAGUCCAUGUGCGCGGAACUCCAGCCAGUGGGAAAACAUAUCUCUCUGAACUUCUGAGGCACCACUAUCACAACAGGGGAAGAAGGGUUUCCUUGAUCAAGGAAUGGGAGAAACUCAAUCACAAAAAUCCUUGGGAAAGUCUUGUCAAGCUUGUUGAGAAAUGGAAUGAAGAAGUACAGGAUGCUCCCACCACAACUUCAUCACAAUCAGAACAGGAUCUCUCUUGGGUUUUGACAUCAAACACUGUGAUUCUUGUGGAUGAGGCACAGAUGACCUACAAUGACAGUGCACUUUGGAACACAAUCCUCAAAAAGAGACAGUCAUCUUUUCUUGGAUAUAAUUUUCGACUAUGUCUUUUCUGCUCCUAUGGCAGUCCAUCAGCAGGCCCAGAUCAAACAUUCUUCACUCCAGUUACCCUUGUCAACAAACAACGCAUCUCAUUGACACCACAAAGCCAGCCAGGCUCACCAUCUAUAGGCUUAUUUUACAGCAAAGAAGAGUUCAAGGAUGUUGUUUCACGAUUGAUUAAGUAUCUCUAUAAGCAAAAGUUCAGUUUUGAUGAAGGUGCCCUGGACUACAUAUUUGUGCUAUCAGGUGGUCAUCCAGGAGCGGUUGAAUCCCUAGUCAAUGUAAUUUUCCAGAACUACCGCCAUGACAUCAAGCAUAGACAUCUUAGAACCUUGACAGAAGAUCAUGUCAUCUGGUUCCUGGAGGACACUGCCACAGUCUUUGACAAGCUUAGUAGAGAGUCAGUUAAUCGCUCUUUUCCUCGUAUAGAGAGGUGCACAAGCAAGAUUUCAAACAUAUUGAACAAAAUUACAGAGGAAGGAAGUGUUCCAUUUGAUCUCAAUGAUGCAGACAUCAGGUUCUGCUAUCAGAAUGGUUGGAUUCACAGGGUAGCUCUGGAUGGUGAUGAUAUUGCAGCUUUGCCAUCGCGCUUACAUGAAAAAUACAUCGAACAUUGGAUUGGCACAAUGUCAAAGCCCCUGCCUGCCAGAUUUGACUCCCUACUGAAAUUAUGCAAAGAAAUUCUCAGCAAAUUCUCUAUCAGGAUCCUGAGGCGUUCAGCUGAGGGCAAAAAAAUUUCAAGUGCGUCACAACCCAGACCUGUGGAAGCUCAGUACCAGGAUGAAUUCUACAGGGGAUUCACCCAUGUAGCAGGGCGAGGUGUGCCGAUAUCCAGUGAAUGGUCAAGGACCAAGGACGGUCGAGUGGAUUUCUAA